CCUGACCCCAACAUUAUAACUACACUUGUUGUUCCCAAUCCCAACGGGUUUCAAAUUAUUUUCUAUUGUGUUCCCAUACCAUCUUUCAUUUACGUUCCAGUAUAAAUUCCUCCAUUCUAACUAUUUUUGCCUGCAGAGCCUGUGGUGAUUAAAACCCAGCCUGAAUGCGUUAUCCUGCGUGAAGGCAGCAGCCUGUGUUUAAGAGUCGAGGCACUUGGAUACCCACCACCCAGUUACCAGUGGUAUAAAGACGACGAAGAGAUACCUGGGGAAUUCCUUAAUGAACUAAGAGUGGACAGGGUUUCAAUGGCAACGGACGGCGCAUAUAAAUGUAUUGUUCACAAUGAGGAAAAUUCAGUGGUCUCGAAUGAAGUUACAGUUCGGAUAAGUAAAGGUAAAACAAGGAUUCCUGAACGAUGAAAGGGUGAGGGGAAAUGCCCUUGUUAAAGUUUGUCGAGUUUCUCACUCACUGGUGAGCAGAUGUCCCAACAGGCUAUUGUGACAAUUGAUAGGGGAUCCGAGGUACCUACGAUUUAACGUCCUUAUCCGAGAAGACGCGAAAGGCUAACCAUUUACUGAUGUCAAUGUAAAAGACAGAUGCCCAUCUGCACCCCAUUCUCUAGUUUUCGUGUCCCCGUGCCAAAGAGAAGUUUUAAAUUAUUUUUAUUAACUGGAUGAGCUCUCAAGACACUAUAGGUUUUGACUUCAGGUUUUUAUAAUUACAGGUCCGUCCAAACCAGACAAGUCCUUACCAGGUAAGGCAAACUGUUCUUUGUAUUGUACGAAGAUUAUACAAUACGUAUUAUACUUACAUCACUCCUGAUGAAGACACUAGUGUUGAAUCGUUGGAUCGUGAAUGUAAUAUGUUCAUUGUGACUUUACAUCACUCCUGAUCAAGAGUGUUGAAACGUUGGAUCGUGAAUGUAAUUUGUUCGUUGUGACUUUACAUCACUCCUGAUGAAGACACUUCGACUGGACUCAUUGUGACUUUACAACAUUCCAGAUGAAGACACUAGACUGGAGUGUUGAAACGUUGGGUCGUGAAUGUAAUAUGUUCAUUGUAACUUUACAUCACUCCUGAUGAAGACACUAGACUGGAGUGUUGAAACGUUGGAUCGUGAAUGUAAUAUGUUCAUUGUGACUUUACAUCACUACUGAUGAAGACACUAGACUGGAGUGUUGAAACGUUGGACCGUGAAUGUAAUAUGUUCAUUGUGACUUUACAUCACUCCUGAUGAAGACACUAGAUUUGAGUCUUGAAACGUUGGGUCGUGAAUGUAAUAUGUUCAUUGUGACUUUACAUCACGCCUGAUGAAGACACUAGAUUUGAGUCUUGAAACGUUGGGUCGUGAAUGUACAAGCGACCUUUGGUUAACUAAACUGUAUUCUUUUUCUUACAGUUGAUGCAAAACCAGUGAUCAUCAAUCAUCCAAUCUCGGCCAACGUGCUACCUGGUCAACAUCACACCCUGCGUUGCCAAGCGACAGGACAGCAGCCGAUGACUUACGUGUGGUAUAAAGAUGCUCAAGCAUUACUGAACACCAACAGUUCUACUUUAGACUUUCCUGCUUUCGGUGAAGAACACAUUGGUAGUUAUUGCUGCCAAAUAUCAAACACAUGUGGAGCGGAAGUGAGUCAAAUGGCUGAGCUUGCUCUUGGUAAGAUAGUUUGCUUUAGCCAUUAACAUGCAAGAAUUAUCCAUUGACUAUUAAAAUGGCCUGGUGUAAGAGUCUCGUCGUCUUUAACAACACCACACAGUUAACCUAACAUUAUUAUAUUUUCUUUACAGAUAGAAUUGAAUUUCCAAGAAAUACUG